CUCAGUUUGCUGUGAUUGGACCCCCUGAGCCCAUCCUGGCCAUGGUGGGUGAAGUCGCUGAGCUGCCCUGUCACCUGUUCCCGAAGAUGAGCGCUGAGACCAUGGAGCUGACGUGGCUGCGAUCCGGCCUCAGGCAGGUGGUGCGUGCAUAUGCAGACGGCAAGGAAGGAACAGAGAUAGCAGAGUAUCGAGGGAGAACCUCCAUUUUAAGAGAGGACAUCGCUGAGGGGAAGGCUGCUCUGCGGAUUCACAAGGUCAGAGCCUCUGACACUGGAACCUACCAGUGUUAUUUCCAAGAUGCCAAGUUCUAUCAAAAAGCCCUGGUGGAGCUGAAGGUUGCAGCCCUGGGCUCUGAUCUUCACCUUGAAAUGAAGGGCUAUGAGGAUGGAGGGAUCCGUGUGGAGUGCACGUCUGCAGGCUGGUAUCCGCAGCCCCAUGUAGAGUGGAGAGGUGAAGGGGGAGAGAGCUUGCCCGCCAUGGCAGUGCCUGGGGCUGCAGAUGGAGAGGGUCUGUAUGCAGUCACAUCAUCUGUGAUCCUGAAAGGCGGCUCUGGGAAGGGGGUCUCCUGUGUCAUCAGAAACCCCCUGCUCAGCCAGGAGAAGACAGCCAGGGUCUCCAUUGCAGGUGAGUGCCUGGCCCCACACUGUGUUCAGCUGUGGCCACUGGGAGAAGGAGGCCUGAGUGUCUGCUGCUGACCUGGGUCUGUGCAGUGAACAUAAGGCUCAGAGCAGGGACCUGGGUGCCCUUUGCCCCUUGAAGCUGUUGAUGUCACAGACAUUUUCUGAGCAUCCCUGCUGCCUCCACCUGGGACAGGCGAUGGGGAAGGGGCAAAUGGUAAAGGUCAGCAAACACAUGACAAAGUGGGGAAAGUAUGUGCAGACACGUCCUGGAGAAAGGGCUGAACUCCUCAAAACAUGAAACAGCUCAGUACAGAAAUGAACGGUUCCCAGAAGCAAAUACCUUGGGGAAGGAUGUCCAGUCUCACUGAGCAGGGAGACGUUUCCACCUGUGAGAUGGGCAGCAAACAAACCAUGUAGUUGGUAUCACUGAUGGCAGGACUGUGGGGAGACAGUCACUCUUAGACGUGUGUUGCUAUAAUUUGGUAUAUUUUUGUAUAAAUUGAUGCAGCUU